CCUCCACAGCUUCAGAACUUCACAGAGGCAGACGGGACCGGCCGAAAUGAGAGGACUGGUUGUCUUGAUGAGCCUGGCGUGCCUUGCCAGCACGCAGCACCAGGCGUUGAUAGACUACUUGGAGCGGCGGCUGCUGGCUAUCGAGGACCGGAUCGCCCUGUGGCACGAACAGACCACUCGCUACGCCUCGGAGCUUCGGGAGCUGAAGCAGCAGAUGGUCUCCCAGCUGGAAAACCUGGACAAAGAGAAGGAGACCCUGCGAGUGAACCUGGACAGUGUGGGCACCAGAGUGGAUAGGGUGGAGCGGGAGCUGGACUACCUGGAGACCCAGAACGGAGUACAGCCAUGUGUGGACGUGGACGACAAGUUGAUCGAGCAGCAGGUGACUCUGGUGAAGGAGAAGCAGAAGAGCAAGUACUUCAAGCUCUCAGACUGCAGUGACAUGAUCUCCAGCAUCAAGGCCAUGAAGAUCCUCAAAAGAGCAGGAGGGCAACAGGGCAUGUGGACCAAAGACACCAGCGGGGGUUCAGGGAAGGUCUACAUAUUUAAUGGGACCCAUGAAGACACGGUCCAUGUGUUCUCCUCAGUGCAGGACUUUGCUCGAUCCCUGGGUUUAUCAGUGUCCCAGCAGAUCAAGCUGCCCUCAGCCUGGAGAGGGACAGGACACGUCGUCUACAACAACCAUGCCUACUACAUCAGCCAAGCAGAGGAGAUGACGGUGACAAAAUAUGACCUGAGGAACACGUCUGUGGCUGACAGCAGUGUGUUCCCAGUCCAGGACCACCUGCCCGUCUACCCUCUGAACCCGGAGACGGUGAUGGACCUGGCUGUGGACGAGGAGGGCCUGUGGGCCAUCUACGCCACACGGCAGACUGACAAGUACAUCUCUCUUGCGAAAAUGGAGGCGUCGGGGCUGGAAAUUGUCCAGACGUGGGACACUAACUGUCCAAGGGAGAAUGCUGAGGCUGCGUUUGUCAUUUGCGGGACUCUGUAUGUGGUGUACAACACCAAGCAUCCGGGCCGUUCACGGGUGCAAUGUGUGUAUGACGUCAACGGGUUGGUGACCAACGAGGAAGCGCCCUUGGUGUACUUCCCAAAGCGUUAUGGAUCCCAUUCCGGACUGAAGUACAACCCGCAGGAGCAGCUGCUGUACGCCUGGGACGACGGCUACCAGAUCCUCUACAAGCUCGCCAUGAAGAAGAAACUAGAGGUUUAAGUUAAACACGUAGAACAUUAGUUAUGGCACGUGACUCUGUACAUUCAUGACCUGUAGCUUGACUUUGCCAAGUCAUUCACGUAAAACCAGUCACAGACAACAUUGUAUCCCGUGGCUUUUGUUAUUGACUGAACAACAUUUUGUUGGCAAAUUUUGGUGAAAAAUCUGAAUAAAAAGUG